AUGAGCAACAAGACUUACAACAUUGCUGUCCUCCCAGGGGACGGCAUUGGCCCGGAAGUCUGUGACCAGGCCGUGCAAGUGCUCACGACCAUUGGCGAGUUGUUCCAGCACCAGUUUGCCUUCACCAAAGCGCUCUGUGGAGGUGCAGCGUUUGACGAGCACCAGGUGCACCUGCCCCAGUCGACAAUUGAUACUGUUGCAGCUUCGGAUGCCGUGCUCUUUGGCUCGGUAGGAGGUCCGACAGACGCACAAGAGGACCCCAAGUGGAAGGACGCGGAGAAGAACUGUCUCUUGGGGCUGCGCAAGAACUUCCAGUUAGCUGUGAACAUUCGUCCCGCCAAGAUUUACUCCAUGCUGCCGGAUCUGUCUCCACUGAAGCCCAGCAUCAUUGCAAACGGCGUGGACAUGGUCAUUGUCCGUGAACUCGUGUCGGGCAUUUACUUUGGUGAGCACAGCACGAACGGUGACACGGCAGUUGACGUGAUGAAGUACACAGAGGCGGAGAUUACCAAGCCCAUGAAGUUUGCCUUUGAGACUGCGAUGGGACGCUCGAAGCGACUGACGGUCGUGGACAAGGCGAACGUUCUGGACUGCAGUCGUCUGUGGCGCAAGGUGGCCAGGGAUGUUUGCAAGGACUAUCCGGAGGUCAAAGUCGACUUUAUGUACGUCGACAAUGCUGUGAUGCAGCUGAUUCAGAACCCGUCGCAGUUCGAUGUGAUCGUCACUGGCAACAUGUUUGGCGACAUUCUGUCCGACGCAGCUUCAGUGUUGCCAGGUUCACUUGGACUGAUGCCUUCGGCCAGUCUCGGUGACAAGGUGCACCUUUUCGAGCCUAUCGGUGGAACAGCGCCUGACAUUGCGGGCAAGGACCUUGCCAACCCGAUUGCACAGAUUUUGUCUGCUGCGUUGCUGCUGCGGUACUCGUUCCAGAUGGAAACGGAGGCCCAGCUGAUUGAAAAGGCUGUGGAGCAGGUGCUUCUGGAUGGUAUGCGAACGGGUGACCUGACGAAGGACAAGUCUGCUGUGGUUGGCACCAAGACAAUGGGUGCUGCCAUUAUCGCCAAGAUGAAAGCGUUGCGUCACUGA